AUGUUGUCGCGGCGUUUAAAUGGCAUUAAGAUCGGCGCUGUGCGCGGCUUUGCUGAGCGAAGCGCAGCAGCAGCGGAGAAUGUGAAUCUGGAGCAGGCAAAACCUUAUGCAGAGAUACCAGGUCCCAGUAGAUUUGAGUUGAUGCGCUCAUUUAUGCCGGGCGGCCGUUUUCGCAAUCAGCCAAUAGAGCGUUUGUUUUUGGGCUUUAAUGAACGCUAUGGCAAUAUAUUUCGCAUGCCUAGCGUAGCUGGCAAAGAUAUUGUAGUCACCAUGAAUCCGCAAGACUACGAGACGGUAUUUCGGAAUGAGGGUCAAUAUCCCUAUAGACGCAGUUUUGAAACCAUGGACUACUUCAAGCGCGUGCACCGACGCGAAGUAUUCGAAGGCGCCGACGGACUGACCUCCGGCAAUGGACCUGCUUGGAGCAAAAUGCGCACAGCUGUCAAUCCCAUUCUAUUGCAGCCACGCAAUGCCAAACUGUAUGCCGCCAAUCUGCUGCAGGUGAACGAUGAGUUCCUAGAGCGCAUACGCCUGAUACGUGAUGAGACAACGCAGGAGAUGCCUGCAGACUUUGCUGAGGAAAUACGUCGCUUGGUCUUGGAGUCCAUCUGCUCGGUGGCGCUUAACACGCGUCUGGGUCUGCUGGCUGAGAAUCGCGAGAGUGAGGAGGCCAAGCAGCUGCUGGCAGCCUUGGAGAAUAUAGUGGAGCUGGGCUUUUUGCUGGAUAUGCUGCCGCCUAUUUGGAAGUAUUUGCCAGUGCCCAGCUUCAGGACGCUCAUGCGCUCGCUGGACAUCAUCACAGACAUUUGCUAUGGCCACAUACAGCGCGCCAUGCAGCGCAUUGAGCAGCAUGAGCAGACAGCAGCUGGCAUGGAGCGCAGCUUGCUGGAGAAGCUGGCGCGUGUGGAUCGUCAGACUGCUUUGAUUAUAGCGCUGGAUCUGCUCUUUGCCGGCACGGAUCCAACUCUGGUCAGCUUAAGCGGCACACUGCUCUGCUUGGCUAAGAAUCCAGCGCAGCAGGCGCGUUUGCUGGCCGAGAUUCGCGAGAUAUUGCCCGAGAAGCAUUCGCCAUUGACUAUGGAGAACAUGAGCAAUUUGCCAUAUUUGCGUGCCUGCAUUAAGGAAGGCAUACGCAUGUAUCCCAUUGGUCCUGGCACAUUGCGUCGCAUGCCGCACGAUGUGGUGCUCAGCGGCUAUCGAGUGGUAGCUGGCGCUGAUGUGGCCAUGGCGGCCAAUUACCAAAUGGCCAACAUGGCAGAGUUUGUGCCGCGUCCGCGCGAAUUUCUGCCCGAGCGCUGGCUGCGCAACGAAGCCAAUGCACAGCUGGUGGGCGAGACUGCCACGCCUUUUAUGUAUCUGCCAUUCGGCUUUGGGCCAAGAGCUUGCGCCGGCAAGCGCAUUGUCGAUAUGAUAAUGGAGAUUGCCGUUGCCAGGCUGGUGCGCAACUUUGAGAUUAGCUUCGAUUAUCCCAUCGAGGACGCCUUCAAGUCGCAGUUCUUUGUCAAGCCCAACAUUCCAUUCAAGUUUAAGUUUGUUGAGCGCAGCUCGUAAUCCCGCAAUGUUAUGAUAUGCCAAAGUACACAUACACACACACACACACAUACACACUCAAGCUAAAGACUUUCAAGUGGGCGCAUAUGUUUGCAGCUCUUCAGCUAAGCGCUGCAACAACAACAACAACUACCAACUGCCACUUGACUCAUUGAAUUUGUGGGCCACAGAUCCUCUUUACCAGCUGAAGUGCACUUGUCUGUGCCCGCAAAGGAACAAGCACUUGAUGGAACUUCGCUUUGGGGGUUGACCAGACACGGAUGCUUUGGCUUUGGCUCACAUGUUGCUAUUACACAUGCUCAAGAUUGCAGUCACGUAGUAACUCAAUCUGGUAACAGAAUAAGAACGAGAGUUUAAUCAUUUGAUUAAAAAAAAUAGAUUUUACUGUUUAUUGUUUAUGUGUUGAUUAAAGUAAAACGGCCAACUAGAU